UUGUCUGAUUCAAGCCUCGCGCUCUCCUCCCCUUUAAGGCGCACGCCUGCCCCGGGGUUUCAACAGGCCCUUUAAGGCGCGGCCCACGUCCUCCGGCAGAAAAGAGACUUAAAGGCGACGCGUGGCGCGAUGGCGGCGGCCCCACGCGCGUGCCGAGGGCGCGGGCGGCCGCUCCCAACGCUGCUGUUGUUGCUGUUGCUGGCACUGCCUCCUCCGGGGGGCCCGCCAGGCGCCUCUGCCUACUUCCCAGAGGAGCGUUGGAGCCCCGAGUCCCCGCUGCAGGCGCCGCGCGUGCUCAUCGCCCUGCUGGCUCGCAACGCGGCCCACGCACUGCCAGCCACACUGGGUGCACUGGAACGGCUGCAGCACCCGCGGGAGCGCACGGCGCUGUGGGUGGCCACGGACCACAACUCAGACAACACAUCAGCUGUACUGCGGGAGUGGUUGGUGGCCGUGAAGAGUUUGUACCAUUCCGUGGAAUGGAGGCCAGCAGAGGAGCCCAGGUCCUACCCCGAUGAGGAGGGUCCCAAACACUGGUCCGACUCGCGCUACGAGCACAUCAUGAAGUUGCGCCAGGCAGCCCUGAAAUCAGCCCGGGACAUGUGGGCUGAUUACAUCUUGUUUGUGGACUCAGACAACCUGAUCCUGAACCCGGACAUGCUGACUCUGCUGAUCGCUGAGAACAAGACAGUGGUAGCGCCCAUGCUGGAUUCCCGAGCCGCCUACUCCAAUUUCUGGUGUGGGAUGACUUCUCAGGGCUACUACAAGCGCACACCUGCCUACAUCCCCAUUCGAAAGCGGGACCGCCGGGGCUGUUUUGCAGUUCCCAUGGUGCACUCGACCUUCCUGAUCGACUUGCGGAAGGCAGCGUCCAGGAACUUGGCAUUCUAUCCUCCACACAGCGACUAUACCUGGUCUUUUGAUGACAUCAUCGUUUUUGCCUUCUCCUGCAAGCAGGCAGAGGUCCAGAUGUAUGUGUGCAACAAGGAGGUGUAUGGCUUUCUGCCAGUGCCACUGCGGUCGCAUAGUACCCUCCAGGACGAGGCUGAGAGCUUCAUGCAUGUGGAGCUGGAGGUUAUGGUGAAGCACUCCCCAGCAGAGCCCUCCCAGUUUGUCUCGGUGCCUCCCAGGAUGCCUGACAAGAUGGGCUUUGAUGAGGUCUUCAUGAUCAACCUGAAGCGGCGGCAGGACCGACGGGAGCGCAUGGUGCGGGCACUGCAGGUUCAGGAGAUCGAGUUCCGGCUACUCGAGGCUGUGGAUGGCAAAGCCAUGAACACUAGCCAGGUGGAGGCACUGGGCAUCCAGAUGCUGCCUGGCUACCAGGACCCCUACCACGGGCGACCGCUCACCAAGGGAGAGUUGGGCUGCUUCCUCAGCCACUAUAACAUCUGGAAGGAGGUUGUGGACAGGGGGCUGCAGAAAUCGCUUGUCUUCGAGGACGACCUGCGCUUCGAAAUCUUCUUCAAGAGGCGCCUGAUGAACCUCAUGCGGGAUGUGGAGAGGGAGGAUCUGGACUGGGACCUCAUCUAUGUGGGCCGGAAGCGGAUGCAGGUGGAGCACCCCGAGAAGGCUGUGCCCCGCGUGAGGAACCUGGUGGAGGCCGACUACUCCUAUUGGACACUGGCCUACGUGAUCUCCCUGCAAGGCGCCCGCAAGCUGCUGGCCGCCCGGCCACUCUCCAAGAUGCUGCCCGUUGACGAGUUCCUGCCAGUCAUGUUCGACAAGCACCCAGUGUCCGAGUACAAGGCCCACUUCUCCCCCCGCAACCUGCGAGCCUUCUCUGUGGAGCCUCUGCUCGUGUAUCCCACACACUACACGGGGGACGAUGGGUACGUGAGCGACACAGAGACCUCGGUCGUGUGGAACAACGAGCACGUCAAGACUGACUGGGACCGUGCCAAAUCGCAGAAGAUGAGGGAGCAGCAGGCACUGAGUCGAGAGGCCAAAAACUCAGAUGUACUGCAGUCCCCGCUGGACAGCGCUGCCCGGGAUGAGCUCUGAGGGGCAGCUGCUAACGCACCGGAGCAGCCUCCAGUUGCUCGCUGGAGACAGCAGGGCCCCCGAGGACCCCUGGCAGGCCACAGAGCACUCUCCAUGCAGGGUGGUGUCCAGCCAGCUCUUGCUCAGCAAUCACGUGCACGCAGGCAGCAUUAAUGGAGUGCCUACUGUAUGCCAAGAAUAGUGUUUGGCCCUGAGAGAGUGGGUGGGAACAGGCCAGCACGCAUCUCUCCAUGUGCCUGACAUUUCUAAAGCACUGGCUGCGUACCAGGCCUGCGAGUGACGGCAGUGAAUGGGGCACAGUUGUUUCCUCAGUGAUGAUGCAGUCAUCAGGCAUUUAUUGAUUCCCCCCAAAUUGGGCACUAGUGAUACACAUUCAUUUUUAAAAAUUAAGUAUUUAUUGAGUGCCUACUGUAUGUUGGGCACCAUUUCAGGCUCUGGGAAUAUUGAGAUAAACAAGACACUUUCUUUUAUUCAAACACAUAUCAAGCACUGAUUAGCCUGGUACUUGUCACACAAAAAUUCUCAUUGACUCAGUGCUUUGGUUGAAUGUCUGCUGUGUGCCGGGAGCUGAGCUUAGUGCUAGGGAUGGAGCUACAUGAGGCGUUUUUCACUCUUAAAUUGGUUUCUUCCCCACACAUCUGGAGGGCACCUACUGUGCACCAGGCAUCAGUGAUACAAAACAGUACGAUAGUUGUUUGGACAGCAUUUGGUCACCCACAUGUGUGCUGGGCCACUAAUGAACAGAAGAAUCCUUUCCUUUCUUCAUGCAUUAGGCAUUUAUUGAGUGCCUACUCUGUACCAGACCUUGUGGACUCCCAGUGGGGUUAGAGAAUGGUUGAGUUGAAGUCCUUAUUCAUUCCCUAGUCACCUGAGCUGUGUGCACACCACUCCCUAGCAGGGAGCGUGGCUGUCCUCUCACCAGGGGCUGCUGCUGGUCCCGGUAACCACACAGCCCCCCUGGAGGGGGCGGGGGUGAAGAUGGGGGCUGGGUCUCCGCUGCCCACCCCAGCUCCUGUUCGCUUGACCUCCCAGGCCUGCAUCUCAGGUGUAGUCUGCCUGCUCGGUGGCAUUCCUCUCUCCGAGCCUUUGGCGGGCUCAGCUGCACUGAGGUGCUGCCCGCAGCUUGGGCAGGAUGCGCCCCGGCCCAGGCUGGAGGACUUGCAGUGCCUUCAGGCAGCAACGAAUGUCAGAGCUGGCCAGCAGUGCUUGACCCUCUUAGGGAUGGAUACUGCUUGCUGGGUCGGAUCCUGGAUAACUUGCUUAUUUUUUUAUUAAAUGUUCCUGGUUGGUUUUCA